AGCCCGCCCGCCUCCGAACCAGUCGAGCAGUCGAGCAGCGCCCGACCGAGCAGGCGGCGUCAGGCGGAGGCGCGUCGCGGAGGGUAUUGCGGCAGCGGGGAGUGGGUGCUUUUUCGCCGCACGAUGGUAAAUCGGACGGCGUUCCGCGUCCCCGGCGGGUCCCACCCGCGGUGGUGCUCGCGCUUUCCGGCACCGGCGGGAGAGCUCGAUGCGGCUGGCAGAGCUCAGGCCGGCCGGCGGGAGGAUUCAUAGGCCUUGUGUCGAUCUUCCAAUCGUCCCUCCGUCCAGUCCAUUCUCGGAAAAGAGGAGUUUUACAUCUUCGUAGAUUAGAUCCAUCGUAAGGAAGGCGUUGCUGCAGAUCUUCGCUCAGAGGCAGCUUCCCUUUUCUUCAGCCUUUUGUCGAUUUCGGGUGUGAAAUUCUUUGGGAAUAGCUCUCUCUUAAGCCCCAUCAGCAUCCGCGUCUUCGAGAUCACUUCAGCAAGGAAAGGAAGAGAAGAAGAAGAAGAAGUUCUUGAGAAAAAAGGAGCGACAUUUAAAAAUCAAUAUAUGUACUUUUUUUGAGUCGAGGAUUGCUUGUGUGGUUGCGUCAUCGUUUGGAGCGCCUGCUGUGCUGUUGUUGUGCAGAAUGGAAUGAGUGCACUUGGAGCUUUGAUUUCUGUUUCCUUCUGUGAUGGAAGGAGCCGACAGUGAUGUACUGGAGGGGAGAGGAGUGGAAGUGAAGGCUAAGGAGGAGGAGGAGGAAGCAGCGGCAGCAGAUGCAGGAAAUGAAUCUAAGGAAGGGCAGAUUGAUGCUGGAGCGGGAUCUAGGAGUAAUGCCUCUGGACAGGACCCCGAGGGCGAGCAAUGUGGUGAAGAGAAGCUUGGAGGUGGAAUUAAGGCCGACGAUGGGGCAGGGGAAGAGGUCGGAGCUCCUCCCGCGAGAGAUGCUGCAGAAUCCCAGUCCUUGGACAAGUCCUCUGUGACCGGCAAAGAGGUGAUGACAGUGUCAACUGGGGAAGAUCAUUCGUUGCCUGAGUCCCCAAUGGCGUUCUCUACUCCUUCCUCUCAAGCCGAGUCUAGAGGCUACUCAAGGCAUGCCCUCGUCGAGAGUGCAAGAUCGAUUUCCUCCACUGCCUCUAUCAGCGAGUAUACGGAAGACGAGGACGAAGGGACCUCUCAAUGCAGCACAGGUCUGGAAAAUUCGCCGCUCACAGCGGCGGGCAGAGAGGAUCAAAUGCAGGCAAGCGAAAGGAGAAUGCCUGCGUCGUAUGGAAGUUUGGAUCGAGACGGCGAUCAUGGAUUUGAGCAGGUUUCUUUACAGGACCCCGGAGGAACUGAAACCUCGGACAGCCGUCUCAAUUCAAUCGAGAGGAGGUCUUCGCCGGUCGUCGUGGAUUAUAGAGGGCCAGGACGGACGAAUUCCGAGGAUCGUCAUAGAGAUGUGGGCAGCAAGGAAAUAGAGAUUGUAAUGGUUGAUGAACAGGAGCAAAAUGUCGACCGGUUUGUCGGUAGGGAAAUAUCAACACCGACAAAGGGGCGGAUUUCUGACGUUUCUUUGACAUCAUUAGAAACUCCUCAAGGAAGUCCGCAGUCCGAACCGUACAUCAGGGAUACGACUGGCUCCAGUAGAUUCAGGUACAAUCAGAGUUUCACUCAGAAGGCUGACCUCUUCAAUCAAAAUGGAUCCUUCUUUGAAACUCAACUUCAUGCGGGGACCUUCGAAAAUUUCCUUUACCCUCAGGGAAAUCUUCCCAAUCUUGCGAAGGUACUCCCCAAGACCUCUCCGGAGCUCAUGCAUUUGAUUGAUUCUGCUAUACAAAAUACAGAUCUAUAUUCUUUGCUUCGACUGAAAAGAGUCGUUGCUGGAGAGGAUCAUCUCGCAAUAUCAGGAGAAGUGAAGAAGGAUACGGACAGUGUCGCAGCAAUCGUGGUGGAUGUCCUCCUGGCAAAGAUGGGAAUUGACGGAUCGCAGAAAGCAAGCGAAGGCUCACCUCCGAAGAUUAUGCUCAGCGCUGGGGCUGCCAUUGUAGCCGCCAAGUUACUUCCCUGGCUACCUUGUGAAGAACAAUCGGAGGAGAUUGCCUCACCUCGAACUAGAAUGGCUAAGGGAUUAGCACUGGUAUUGCAAUCGUGUACUCGAAACAGAGCAAUGUGUUCAGCAGCUGGUCUGUUGCAAGUACUGCUUGAAACUGUUCGUGACAUUUUCACCGUUGAAGUAGCCGAAGAAACGCCGGAUGAAAGCUGGGACUCCACUCCGCUAUUAGAUGCCCUCGAAGCACUUGGUUCACACUGCAUGACUGUCAUGGACCUCAGAGAAUGGUUGAGCACAGCUGUGGUCUCCAUUCCAACGGGGAAAUCUACGGAUCUCGUACUGUCCUUGGAAAGGGCAAUGGUGGGAGAAGAGACUCGGGGCCCCUCCUACACUUUCGAAUUUGAUGGAGAAAGCUCAGGGUUGCUGGGACCUGCAGAGAGCAGAUGGCCUUUCAUGAAUGGUUAUGCGAUUGCAACUUGGCUGUUUAUAGAGUCUUUCGCUGAUACCGUCAACACAGCUGCGGCUGCUGCAGCAAUUGCAGCAGCUGCAGCGGCCAAGACUGGGAAGUCAUCAGCUAUGUCUGCAGCAGCAGCUGCUAGUGCUCUUGCCGGAGAAGGAAUGGCCCACAUGCCGAGGCUUUUCAGCUUUCUUUCAGCUGACAAUCAUGGUGUGGAGGCCUAUUUUCAUGGGCAAUUUUUGGUUGUAGAAACUGCAAACGGUAGGGGCAAGAAAGCUUCCAUGCACUUUACCCACGCUUUCAAGCCUCGUCAGUGGUAUUUUAUCGGCCUCGAACAUACUUACAAACAAACUCUUCUUGGAAAGACAGAAAGUGAAGUAAGAUUGUAUGUAGACGGACAACUAUACGAAACUCGUCCACUUGAGUAUCCCCGGGUUUCAAGGGCCCUCGGAUUCUGUUGCAUCGGUACAAAUCCACCGCCCGCUAUGGCUGGUUUACAACGGCGAAGACGUCAGUGCCCUCUCUUCGCUGAAAUGGGACCCGUGUACAUAUUUAAGGAAACAAUUGGACCAGAUAGAAUGGCCCGCUUGGCAGCAAGAGGAGGAGACGCGCUACCUUCUUUUAAUGCUGGGGCAGGGGUCCCAUGGUUCGCAAAUUCAGAACAAGCAUUUGCUGCAGCGACUGAUAGUGCCACCUUGGAUAUUGAAUUAGGGCCACGAUUGCACCUCUUAUACCAUCCCAAACUCUUGAUGGGCCGUCUGUGUCCGGAUGCUUCACCCUCAGGGGCAUCAGGACUUCACAGAAAACCAGCAGAAGUAUUGGGCCAUGUACAUCUGGCUGUUCGUACUCGGCCUACAGAAGCGCUUUGGGCCAUGGGUGAAGGAGGACCUAUGGCUUUACUUCCAUUGACGGUCGGUGCUGUGGAUAAAGAUUCCUUCCUACCUGUUAUCGGAGACGUGGACUUAUCAGCCGCGGUGGCUAUGCUCUCGGCACCGAUAUUUCGAAUUCUCUCAGUGGCCUUUCAGCACCCUGGAAAUGCUGAAGAAAUGGCUAGGAGCUAUGCACCCAGGUUGCUUGCUUACUUGUUGGGUCACCUCGUAUCUGUACCAGCUCUUGGAGAAGCCAAAGGCAGGUUUGUAGAUCAAGUAAGGACCGAGGAGAGGGAUGAGGAGCUGGUUUCUGCUGUGGUUUCUCUUGCUCAAGCACCUAAGAAUAAUUUCGGUCUCAAAGUGCAGUUGUACGGCACUUUACUCCUCGACUUGAAAUUGUGGUAUCGUUGUGCAUAUGGACUCCAAAAAAAGCUUCUGUCAACUCUUGCAGACUUGGCUUUCACCGAAGCUUUGACCAUGCGGGGUGCCAAUGCUGUACAACUCCUCUUAGAUGGAUGCCGACGUUGCUACUGGGUUAUCCCUGAAGCUGACUCUUUGCAUCUCUAUGCGGGUGGGAGAUCAUCGAGGCCCGUUGGAGAGUUGAAUGCUCUUGUUGACGAGCUUCUUGUAGUCGUGGAGUUACUGGUGGGAUCUGCACCUCUUCCAUUGUCAGGAGCUGAUGUCUCUUCUCUAGUACAAUUUGUUCUUGACUGUCCACAACCAAAUCAGGUCGCACGGGUGUUGCAUCUCAUCUACAGGUUGGUCGUUCAGCCCAAUUCCGGGCGAGCAGCUUUGUUUGCAGAGACACUUCUUGCAAGUGGAGCUGUGGAGAUGCUCUUAAUAUUAUUACAGCGAGAAGCUGAUCUCCUAGAACCUAUUUCUGGAAUAUUGACCGUGGAGGAUAAUACAAGUGAAGCAUCAGUUACCAUCUCCGAGAGUAGCAGAAGCAACAGCGCAGCAUCUUUAACUCAAAACGAAGGAGGUUCAGAAAUUUCUUCGUUAGGGGAAGAUUCUGCUCCCCGGCCUGAGCAAAUAUCAGAUGUUCCUUCUGGGUUGCCUCCAAUCAAAGUCCGUGGUUCAGGCUCCACCAAAUCCUUGGCAGACAAGUCUAGGCCUAGAUUGCCCUCCUUACGAAUUGAUGUACCGGGACAAAAGAAGUAUGCUGGGAGGAAUCUAGGGGGAAUUAGCUUAUCCAUUAGUGCCGAUACCGCGAGGAAUAAUUUUCGUAAUGUCGAUAGUGGGGACGGUAUUAUGGUCGGGGUGGUAAGCCUCGUAGGGGCUUUGAUCUCCGGGGGUUUUUUGAAGCUGAUCAGCUUUUCUUCUGCUGCUACUAUCGCCUCUGGGAAAAAUUCCAGUGAGAAUGCUUCUCUCGGAGAAGGCGGGAUCGGAAUCGCUGUUGGCAUUGGCACAUGGAUGAUGUAUGCACUAAGGCAAGCGUUUGAAGCUGCUCCAAAGAGGCUCCUGACAGAUAAUGUUUAUUCUGUUAUUCUUCACGCUGUUGUGCGACUCGAGAUGGGAAGCCUGGCAUCACAAGAUCGUCUGAUGCUGUAUGAUUCCGGGCACAGAUUUGAGCAUGUUGACUUACUGUUGGUGCUCCUGCAAUCCCUUCCAUUUGCUUCACCGACGCUUCAGCACCGCGCUCUACAGGACAUACUCUUCCUGGGGUGUAUCCAUCCAGAGAAUAGAUCGAUAUUAACUGCGAUGCCAGAGUGGCCAGAGUGGCUUCUAGAGGUUCUUAUAAGCAAUUAUGAGGUCGUACCAGGAACGCGGCCUGAUGGAUUAGUAAGUUUUGAGGAUGUCGAAGAGCUCGUGUACAGCUUCAUCACAAUUAUGCUGGAAUAUUCGAUGAGGCUAAAAGAUGGCUGGAAGGAUGUAGAAGCCAUGGUGCACUGUGCUGAGUGGUUGGCUAUGAUUGGUGGAUCAAGUAUUGGAGAGCAGCGUCUGCGCCGCGAGGAAUCCUUGCCGAUUAUAAAGAGAAAGCUUCUUGGAGGAUUACUAGACUUUGCAGCCAGAGAAUUACGUCUGCAGACACAAGUUGUCGCCACCGCAGCGGCAGGAGUUGCAGCUGAAGGCUUGUCCCCACGGGCGGCAAGAGCAGAAGCUGAGGCUGUUGCCCAGCUUUCCAUGUCUCUUGCGGAGAAUGCGCUUGUAGUCUUGAUGCUUGUCGAGGACCAUUUACGUCUGCAGUGUCAAGUCUAUGGUUCUAAUUCCUUGGGAUCAACCACUGGGCAGUCAACAUCUCCCGGAACACGUCCACCCAGCUCGGAAGGAAGCUACGACUUUGCAGAGAAUCCAGUCUUAAGAAGAGUUUCAUCUAGUUAUGAUAAAAGUAUCAAUAGUUUGUUGGACUUACCUUCUCCCAGGAGAUACGCAAAUGGUAACGAACCCAGUGGGGUUUCGCUAGAGGUUCUUGCUUCUAUGGCAGAUGCCAACGGUCAUAUAUCGGCAGCAGCCAUGGAACGUCUGACAGCUUCUACAGCUGCUGAGCCUUAUGAGGCCGUCCGAGGUGCCUUUGUCUCUUUUGGUACUUGUGGACCAGAAUUAGGGGAUGGUUGGAAGCGACGAAGUCGUAUGUGGUAUGGUGUCGGACUCCCGGCUCCAAAUACAGCUUUGGAGGGCGGCGGUGGCGGGUGGAAGGUUUGGAAGACGUCCGUGGAACGAGAUGAACACGGAGAAUGGGUUGACCUUCCGUUGGUGAGGAAAUGCGUCGCUAUGUUGCAAUCCCUCCUCUUGGAUGAUUCUGGUCCUGGCGGGGGUGGUGUCGGCUUUGGUGGAGGAGCGGGUACUGGUUCUGGUGGAGCACAUGCCCUUCAGCAAUUGUUGGAUAGCGACCAGAUUUUCUUCACUAUGCUCCGCAUGGUUCUGCUUUCACUCAGAGAGGAGGAUAAAGGAGACUUGUCUGCAAAGAGAGAUGCGCCGACUGAAAUCGUUCGCCAAAUUUCGAAAUUUUCUCUUGAUCCAACUCUACCGUCGGAAAGUCUACAUGCUCUUACGAUGAAGAAGGCAAAGACAUCACUGCUCUGGUGCAUACUUGCUCCUCUCAUAACAAUGCCGUUGUCAGAGGCGAGACGGCAACGUGUUCUCGUUGCAGUCUGCAUCCUAUAUUCAGAGAUUUGGCAUGCCGUCAGCAGAGAUCGAGUUGUUUUGAGGAAGCACUAUGUGGAGACAAUAUUUCCUCCUUUCACGGCUUUAUUGAGGCGUUGGAGACCACUUCUAUCAGGGACUCACGAGCUGACUGAUGCCGAUGGCCAGAGUCCUCUUUCAGUAGAGGAUCGAUCUAUUGAUUCUAACACUCUUCCAUUAGAGGCUUCUCUUUCUAUGAUAUCUCCUGCAUGGGCAGCGACCUUUGCCUCACCGCCAGCCGCGAUGGCCCUUGCUAUGGCUGCUGCUGGAGUAGGGGGUGGUGAAGCUAUCACUCCCAAAACCAUGUUUGGAAAGCGAGAACUAGAUCCUACCGAAAGAAAGACCUUUCGCCUUCGUAGUUUCCAAAAGUUGCCUGAUUCACCCAAGCCCUCAGCUCCACCAAAAGAUAAAGCAUCUGGAAAGGCUGCAGCCGCAGCCGCAGCUCGUGAGCAGGAACGAAAUGCCAAGAUAGGGUCCGGCCGAGGCUUAGGGGCUGUGGCUAUGGCCACAUCUACCCAUAGGAGAAAUCUCGGUGAUAAGGAGCGAGCCAAACGCUGGAACUUGUUGGAAUCUAUGAAUACUGCUUGGGACGAUUGUUCUUUUUUGACAGCUACGUCAACAGUAGAUCCGCCAGGAAAAUAUUUCUCCAAACUCCAGGGGAUUUUACAUGCGUUGGUGGAGACUGCAAGCACCUUACGUACUGCUGAGAUGAAGAGACGUGCACUUUCAGCCGCUGCUGAUGAGUUCGGCGCAGCUGUGGGUGCUCAUUCAUGGAAAUCUCUCACUCAUCGCUUAUUGGAGAUUGAAGCCCUCUUCGGUUUACUUGAACAACAAAUUGGCCAUCCUCAGCAAGUUUUUUGGAAGCUGGACUCUAUGGAAAAUUCAAUGCGCAUGAGGAGGAGGUUGAAGAGGAAUUACAAGGGAACAGAUCAUCACGGAGCAGCCGCUGAUUUUGAAGAAGUUGAGGAAGUUACUACUCCGAAAGCCAAGAUUGUUGACGCCGAUGCCGCAUUUGCAGGGACGCCCCUUCCUGCUGGUGCCCCUAAACUGAUGCCGGAAUCCAACAUGCUUGAAGACACGGGGAUCCAAUCGUCAAGAAACUCUGUCGGAGAUAGUGAGGAAAGAAAGGAAGAGUCUCAAGCCAUAGAUAAUGGACCUCAAGACCCAAGUGCAAAUACAAGCGAGGGGGGCGGAGUAACUUCUUCAACUGCAGUUCAUUCAAGCCUCUCCAUGGCUGCAGCCGCAGCUGCGAUUGUUACGGAGCCGAAGGAGAAGCUGCUGCUGGAGAUCCCCGGUGCGAUGGUUCAACCUCUGAAAGUCUUAAGAGGAAGGUUCCAGGUGACCACCAAGCGUAUCUGCUUCAUGAUAGACGAUCGAGUCCACGUUGAUGAAUCAGGAAUUGCCAGUUUGGAUGACGAUGAAGGCCCCCGCAGUUCUACAGAUCAUUUUGAAAAAGAAGGUGCAACGGGCACAGUGCAACGAAACGAAGGCGCUAAAGAUAGACUUUGGCCACUUUCGGUCUUGUGGGAGAUUCACAGCCGCAGAUACUUAUUGCGGAGAAGUGCGCUGGAGCUUUUUAUGGUGGAUAGAUCAAACUUCUUUUUUAACUUUGGAACAGAGGACAAUAGGAAGAAGGUUUACAAGGCUUUGGUACAAGCAAGGCCACCACAUUUGAAUCACAUAUACGCCUCAACGCAGAGGCCAGAAAGUUUGUUGAAGAGGACUCAAUUGAUGGAGAGGUGGGCUCGCCAUGAGAUAAGCAACUUUGAGUAUUUGAUGCAGCUGAACACUUUGGCUGGCAGAAGUUACAAUGACUUGACGCAGUACCCGGUCUUCCCAUGGAUAUUGUCUGACUACACAUCUAAGGUUUUGAAUCUGGAUGAUCCAAACGUGUAUAGAGACCUUUCGAAGCCGGUUGGAGCCCUAAAUCCCAGUCGCCUUGAGAAAUUCCUCGAGAGAUAUGAUAACUUUGACGAUCCAGUUAUUCCGAAAUUCCACUAUGGAUCCCACUACUCUAGUGCUGGAACGGUUCUCUAUUAUCUUGUGCGGAUGGAACCCUUCUCCACUCUAUCUAUUGAUAUACAAGGUGGAAAGUUUGAUCACGCUGAUCGUAUGUUCUUUGAUAUGUCAUCCACCUGGAAUGGAGUUCUUGAGGACAUGAGUGAUGUCAAAGAGCUGGUUCCAGAGCUAUUCUACAUGCCCGAGAUAUUGGUCAAUAAAAACGAAGUCUACCUGGGAAAGACCCAGAAAGGAGAAGUACUUGGAAAUGUCAAGCUUCCUCCGUGGGCAGCAAAUGAUGUGGACUUUGUCCAAAAGCACAGGGCAGCUCUAGAAAGUGAAUAUGUAUCAGCAAAUCUUCACAAAUGGAUCGAUCUUAUCUUUGGCUACAAGCAAAGAGGGAAAGAUGCUGUUGCUUCUACAAAUGUUUUCUUCUAUAUGACAUAUGAAGGAGCGGUCGACAUCGACAAAAUUACUGAUCCUAUCCUCCGCAAGGCGACUCAAGAUCAGAUUACGUAUUUUGGGCAAACUCCAUCCCAGCUUCUAACUACUCCUCAUAUCAAACGUAUGGCUCUUGAAGAAGUGCUCCACCUACAGACGAUAUUUCGGAAUCCAAAGGCUACGAAGAUCUACGUUAUUCCGAGUCCGGAAAGGUUGAACGUUCCAGCUGCCAAACUCUGCGUCUCGCGAGACUCGAUCGUUACCAUAGGAAUGGAUGCACCAGCUUGUACUGUGGCCUCGCAUAGAUGGCAGCCAAACACCCCCGAUGGACGUGGAACUCCCUUCCUUUUCCAGCAUGGAAAAUCUCAUGCUAGUGCUAGCAGUGGGGCCUUUAUUCGUAUGUUCAGAGGGCAGACGGCAGCAACUGCUGAUGAAGUAGGCUAUCCACGCGCAGUUGCCUUAGCUGCCCCCGGUAUUGACCCGGGUGCCGUUGUCGACAUUUCACCGGAUGGCCGACAUCUUUUCACGGGUGGACAUGCUGAUAACACCCUGAAGGUUGUGUCGACUGAGAAUGCACGGGUGAUUGAGAGUGCAUCUGGACAUUAUGCAGCCAUAACUUGCGUAGCAUCUUCUCCCGAUGGUAGUGUACUUGUCACUGGUUCAAGGGAUGCCACCGCAAUAAUUUGGCGAAUUCAUGGGAACUCUGGAUCGGUCAUCAGUGGGUCAAAUACAGUGUCGGAUCCCACCCUAGUGGCUGCAGCUGCGUCAGUCGGGCCAACGAACGCAGAGGGAGGUGAUACAGGCGGUGGUGUUGAUGGAAGGAGGAGACGUAUUGAAGGACCGGUGCAUGUGUUGAGAGGUCACGUGGAUGAACUUCUGUGUUGUACUGUGAAUGCCGAUCUUGACCUUGUUGUGACGUCGUCACUUGGUAGGGGUGUUCUUCUUCAUUCAAUAACGAGAGGAAGGCUUCUACAAAAGUUGCCAAUAGGUAGAGCGGAUAUCAUUGCAGUGUCUUCGGAAGGGAACAUAGUUUUGUGGGACAAGCUUCAGCGUAUUGUUCACGCAUUUACCAUCAAUGGGACUUCUAUCGCUGCGAAAGUAUUUCAACCCACAGAGGGUAGCAUUACUUCCAUGAUAUUUUCCACGGAUGGCCUUCACAUUGUUAUGGCUACGAGUCAAUCGAGGUCUGUCGAUCCUGAUAGUUUGUGGCGUGGUAAAAGAGUCCAUGAAUCAGAUUCAGACCAAAAGGGUGCCGUUGACCCAUCUUGUAGAUAUGAAACGGGUCAAGAAACCAACUCUGGGAUGGAAAAUGGUCAGCAUCAAGGUGUAGAGGUCACUGAUGCUGAUCCAGCACCUACAAUCAUCAUUUUCAAGACUUAUACACUUGAGGUUGUUCACAGAUUUUGUCUUCAAAAUGGACAGGAUGUGACAGCGAUGGCGAUGAAUGAUGAUAAUACGAAUUUAUUAGUUAGCACAGCCAAUGGGCAACUCCUUGUCUUCACUGACCCCGUGGUGUGCUUGAUGUACUUGAGAAGAGGAUUGACUCAUCUCAAGCGGCAAGAUUCUCAAUUAGGCUUAGCGUGAAGGUGGUAGAUCAAAUGUUGCGCCUUGGAUGGGAGGGCGGUGGACUCGCUGGAUACCUGACAUGAGAACUCCGUUCCUUGUAGAUUUUGGUACCCCCUUGUCAUGUCAAUUCCGUCCCUUGUAACAUGAAUAUUGAUCUGCUCAAAUUUUUCUUAAUGCGAACUAGCCCUUUCAGCAUGUCCGUCUUAGACAUAGUAAACACAUAGCUACAUACUCGCACAGCCACAUGGUAAGGUCAGAUUUUUAAGACCCUUCUACCCGUGGUUGCUGCAGCUCACCCAGGAUAACAAUUAGCCCAGAAGCCUGAAAUUAUUUGUUACUGAAUGAAUAAAGACUGCCUCAUGAAGCGGUCUAAUUCAUCCAUAUUCCUUAGAAGGAUUCAGCUCUUCUUUAGUGCUGGGUGGUAGAUCAAGCACACAAAAGUGGAAGCGGAAAAGUUCUAAGGUGGAUGAUCUAGAAGUUGGUUCCCCACAGAUGAGUAGUGUACUAAAUAGAAAAAUACGUCACCUUCUGUUCUUCUCAAAGGAGCAGUGGUAUUCUUUGGAGCACAAUAUGCUUUCAUUGACUGGCUGUGUGAGUUGAUAGCUCUAGAUUAUAGCCUAAGAUAUGCUCUGUUGAGGCAGUGGGUGGUUAUGAUGUCUUGUCCAUGAGGCAAACAUGUACGUUGUAGUGUUUUUCCGCGAUGUAGAUAGAUUAAGAUCUCUUAGCGAGGAUCAUCAGAAAUUUUGCAGUGAGAAAGGGCGCGGGUACUUUGAUUCAGUCGUUGACCACGUGAAUGGAUGUCCACGCGAUAAGUUUAGGAAGUUUUGCAUCUUCUAAACGCAGGAUAUAAUGUGCUGAAUGUGUCCCCCUGUCGACUUUAUUAUUCUGUC